AUGUCAACUACGAAGGAUACACCGACAUCGUAUGUCGGGAGCUGCAACCCUCCUCGACGGGCUAAGCGAGCUCGGACGGACACCGUAGGCGUUCUGGACAUCCCGCAUCUGGAUAGACCUGCCGCUGCAAGGAACGCCUCCCGCCGUGCGCGUCCCCCCAUCUUGCCCAAGGAGCCAUUACCAGACUCCCAGACAGCAGAAGUUGAUGACUCCGACUAUGCCGAUGGAGACAGCUACGAGCCUGAGGAAAGAGCGUCAGCACCGAAGCGCCGCGGCCGUAGGCCAGGAACACUUUCUCGCACCGCGAGGGAAUCCCAGCGCAAGCUUAAUCACUCGCGCAUCGAGAAGGCGCGUCGAACCAAGAUAAAUGAGACGUUGGCCACGCUAAGCGCACUUGUCAACGAAGCGGAGUACCAAAGGGCGAAGGAUGGCAUCGAGCGUGUUCAAAACGAGUCGGUCACUGGUCCAGAGUCAUCCAGCAAACCAAAGACCGAGGAGAAAGAGUUCAAGCUCGACGUCCUCGUCAAAACUGUCACAUUUGUGCAGGAAUUGAUGGAUAAGGUGAAAUUACUCGAGUCGCGCAGCUGUCCGAGCUGCGCCCGAUUGGGAGAUACGUCGCCUGUGACUUCGAGCCUGAAGAGAAAGAGGUCUGAAGAUGGAGAGAUCAUCGAGAUAAUCGCUGAGCAUGCCGUUCCGGUGGAGGAUGCCGUUCCGGUGGAGGAUGAGGAGGAAGAGACGUACGCCGCCGACGACGAGAAGGGGGGUCUGGAAGACAUAGAGGUAGCGAGUGCCUCUCCAACUCUCACUCCCACAUCUGCCCAGUCGUCCGUUUCGCCUCGUCUCCCGCCAAUUGCGUCGUGGCUCCCCCAUCCGUACGUGGACCCCAGCUGUCUCGUCGCCCUCUCCGAGGGACAAGCUGUCUUUCCGCAGCCACAACUACCAUCUCCUCCUUUGUCGGGUCCGUUUCGGCCCACCAACCAUAUCGCUAACGUCCCCACUCUCACUUUGCCUGGCCCAGCUCAUCCUGAAACGCUUAUAGCUGCCCCACACGCUCGGAGCCCCUCCAUGAAGACGGUUGCGUCGAUCAAGACGAGCACCUCCGCGAGCGAGUCCGCUGGAGGGCGAGAACCUAGGCGCCCGCGCGUCUCGUCUCGCUCGCCGACGUGGACGCCGGAAGACGAGACUGCCGCAUCUCUUCUCUUGCAGAUGAGCUCCUCGCCGACGGCAUCGAGGCGGCCGUCCGCGGCGCCAGCAUAUCUGCACUUGAACCCCCCCGACCUUACGCAUUCCGCGCAAGCUUAUAGCGGAACCUUUCAGGUCCAGACCCCAAGCUCAUUGCUGGGGCUCAUGAAGGGGAAUCAAAGGGAGCGGACAGACGAAGAAUAA